CUAGAGACCCUAGUUGACAGGAUCCUUGUCCGGAUUCUGUGAGUCUUAGAUUGAGUCAUUCAGUGUCAGUCAGGGGUUAGAGUCUAAGUGGUGAGGUUUGGAACCGUUAAUCCGGUUGUGCACUAAUCACCAUGGUUGAGACCCGCACUGGGAAGAGUACUAGCCCCUAUACCCAGGAGCAACAAGAGAAGAUGGCCGCCUUAGUGAGAGAGAAUAAAGAAAGGAAAGAGCUCCUAAAGCAGGCAAAGUUGAAAGCAAUCGCUGAAGAGCGGGCGGCGAAAAUGAAGAAACUGGACGAGGAGAUGGAGGAGAAGAAAAAGGCUGCCGAGGUAGAAGCAACAGCAGAAGCAGAAGAGGAGAGAAAACGCAAGGAAGCAAAAGGGGAGAGUAGUGGCACAACGAAUGAGGAUGCAGCAAUGGAGAAGAAGAUUAGUGAGUGGAUUGCUAACUGGUGGUUGGGGGAAGACAAGGAGGCACAGUUAUAUGUGCCACAGGAUGAGAAGGAAGCGUUAGCCAAGGCGCUAGCAACAAUCGAGGACCCCCUGGAACGACAAGAAGCAGAGGAGGAGAAGAAGUUGGAGUGGAAAGGAGGAUGAAGAGGGAAAAGAAGAGGAGGAGGGAGGAAGUUAAUAGGUUGACCGCGAAGGUGGCAAAGGUGAGAGACUGCAGACGAGGUGCAGGCGCAGGCAGAAAUU